CUCAGUCCCAAACAACUAUCCUUGAAACAAGGUUGAAAAGACUGUUGACUUAGGAACCAAAUAAUUUCCCCGUUUAGACCCUCAAAAAGACAACACAAACUCACUAUGCCCGCCAGACGCAAGAGCAAGGACACCCUUGGCGUAUCCUGUAUCGAGCGACGCUCCAAGUCAUCUGCAACAAGAAAGGAGCGCUGCCGAAGUCACCCAGCAUCCAAAGAGUCGCCCAGCAUGGGUUUGGCUUUGCUGGAAGGUCUAACCCGCGGCUAUCGGUCCCUAUCUUCCUCUCCAUUCUCGUCGCCACCCUCGUCCCCGGCAAGUGGCAGCACACUUGGCGGCAGCGGUCCGUCGCGCCGUGAGCGCGCCACGGAGCGGGAGCGCAACCGUAUGCACCAGCUGAACGAUGCCUACGACGACCUUCGCGCCAAGGUUCAGACCCUGCCGUGCAGCGAGAAGCCGUCCAAGAUUCAAACUCUUCGCCUGGCCAUGGAAUACAUCGCGGAGUUGAAAGACACCCUAGAGAACGACGAAUCGUUAGGAGAUGUGGAAUCCUACCUAACCUCUGAUUCUAGUGUGUUCGAAGACGACAAAGCUUCGGAAGGAGUUAGCAGCAAUGGAGUGUUGGAAGAUGUAGCAGCGUCCAGCAACGCCUCCGCCAGCCGGUCUCCAUCAAGAUCUAGCGCUUCUUCGUCGUCUUCAUGUGAACCACUGCUGUAUCGACCACCCGUUCCAUCCGCCCUAACCCAUUUCAUUACCCAUACGACCUCUUGCGCGACGGGGCAUUCGGCUGACCAGUCGCAUAGCCAAUUCCAGCAACGUCGGGUGGUGUCAGCGCCAGAAAGUGCGGCCACCACACCAACGCCGUGCUCCCCACCCCCACUGCCUCAUUUUAGACCAACCACCUUAGCAACCUUUCCAGUUAGCGUGUCCGUUCCGUACACAAUACCACAAAUGACCACCGAGUCAACAACAGUGGAUUCAAGCUUGGCAUCGGCAAUGUCCUAUCGACAUCAAGUGGCUGCACGGGAUCCGUGGUCCACAGCUCACCUGAACGAGAACAGCCUACUGCAGGACUUGAGCGAAGCACAGAUGACCACGCUCCUGAGCGAGCUAUCCACGUCCGCUUCUCUAGACACCCUAUUCAAUGCUGUACCACCACCGUCAGGUGAGGAGAAGGCCCUGAGCUUGCUCGACAGAGCACUGCUGCAGCCAACGUUCAUCCCCGUAGCUAAUGGCGCCGGUGUUCAAACCCUACCCGGACUAUGAUCCUCUCUGAGCAGCACUCUUCUUUUUAGGCUUUUCAAUUUGCAAAUUAUAAAUUCUAUCAAAUCUAUGAUUCCGAGCUGCAGUAACGGCGCACCAGGAAUUCGAGAAUUAAAACCGGAGAUAUAUUUUCACGAGAUUUUAUUAGGACUUCGAGUCCAGCAGUCGGCUCUAUGACGCUUAGAUCGCCAGCUGGUGUCAAUUCUAACCUUUAUCUGCUUUAUCUGCCUACUGCAUACUAAUACUGCUGCAUAUCUGCUGCUGGUCAGCUAGCACAUCUGUUCUCUUUUCUUAUUUCCUCCAAAUUUCAUGAACGGGAAGUUGAAGACACACCUACAGCUGGGCAUCAUUCCGGUAAUGAUGUUCCGGCCUACCAUA